GGUUCCGGUUUUAAAAAACGGUCUAAAAAAAAGAUUUAUAACGAAAAAAAGUCUGAUACUAGAGAAAUAAAAGGCAUUACGACAUUUCCAGACGGGAUCCGUCAGAUCGAGAUGGACUUUCGACGAUCAUUCACACAGCUCUUGCGUUCCUCGUGAGAAAUGCAUGGAUAAAGAUUUCUAUAACUGACACUAGCAAUGAAGAUUACCUGCACAGCCUUGGUGCUCCUCUUCCAGGCCUUACCAUGUUUGGCAUCGGAUGAUUUACCAUUUCAACUCACCAACAAGGACACUGGUUUUUGUUUGGUUAAAACAAACAACAUCUGCAACGGCAUACGCUGGACAACCGAUGACCGACUUCUGCUUCCACUGAGGAAAAGGUGCCUCGCCGCGCAGGGCAAAACUGUGGGAAGUGAAAUUAACCUCGGCGAAUGUGACGAAAAGAGCGACCUCCAAAAGUGGGAAUGCAAGAACGGAACGUUGCUCGCCCUCAAGGACCAAGAGCUUUACAUCGAGCUCAAUGCGGACUCCACGGCAGUUCUCUCCAAAACUGUCGGGCCCAAUAACCACCUCACCAUUUCAGGGACGUCCAGCGGCGCUUGUUUGAGAACAUACAGAGAGCUCUUUGCAAUCGGUGGAAAUGCUGCUGGACUGCCGUGCAUGUUUCCCUUCCAGUACCAGGACCAGUGGUACACAGACUGCACCACGGUCGACUCGCCAGAAAAGAGGCCGUGGUGUGCAGUCGAGACCAAAUACCAAAGUGAACGCUGGGGUUACUGCCCGAGGACUUCCAAAGAAGGCUGGACCAUCCACCCAACAACAGGAGCCUACUACCAGCUCAACACCCAGUCGGCGCUGAUGUGGUCACAGGCCGAGGCCAGCUGCAAACAGCAGGGUGCCUCCCUGCUCAGUAUCACUGAUCCUCACCAGCAGGCUUACGUCACAGCACUAUUAGGUACAAGUGGCAGUAAGAUGUGGACUGGGCUGAUCCUGGAUCCAGAACAUAGCUGGAUGUGGUCCAAUGGGAGACCUUUCCGCUACAUGAAAUGGGACUCAGGACAUCCACUUCCUAGUCCGGGACACAGCUGUGGAACAGUUGAUCCUGCUGUCCAGUACUCCUGGCAAAGUUCGCCUUGCAGCAAGAAACUUGGGUACAUUUGCUACAGUAAAGCGGCCGAAAUACUGCCUGCACAAGGUGUGAGAGGAUUUUGUUCCAGACCUUGGAUUUUUUACAAUGGUCACUGCUUCCAUCUCAAUCGUACUCAGCAGACAUGGACUGAUGCUCAGAGAGAGUGUGAUAAUGAAAGAGGGAACCUGGUCAGCAUCCGCAAUGUGGAGGACCAAAGCUUUGUCAUCUCUCAACUUGGAUAUGAAUCCACUGAUGAGCUGUGGAUUGGACUUAAUGACAGGAAGACAGAGGGGCUGUUUGACUGGAGCGACCACUCCACCGUCAGUUUCACUAGCUGGGAAUAUGUAAACCCUGCGCCCUCCAGUUACAUAACUGACUGUGUUCUCAUCAGGGGAGAGAACGGGAACUGGGCGGACCGUUCGUGUGAGGAGAGACACGGCUCCAUCUGUAUGAAGAAGAGUUCUUCAAAACCCACUGGAGAUGAAGUGCAGCAGGAUGCCGGCUGCAAAACGGGGUGGAAAAGACAUGGCUCUUACUGCUACUUUAUUGGAAUGCAGACCAAAACCUUUGAUGAAGCCAAGGAUGAGUGCAAAAGUUCACAUUCUUACUUAGCAGAUGUCUCAAAUAGGGUGGACAAUGCUUUCCUUGUCAGCCUGGUGGGAUUGAGAUCAGAGAAAUACUUCUGGAUAGGACUUUCAAAUCAGGAAAACAUCGAUCAGUUUAUGUGGACCAACAGAGGUUCAGUGAAGUUUACUCACUGGAACGCUGAAAUGCCCGGUCAUAGCCAGGGAUGUGUUGCCAUGGCAACCGGUUAUUCUGCCGGCCUCUGGGAUGUGCUUCCCUGUAUCAAUAAGCAGAAAUACAUCUGUAAACACCUGGCGGAGGGGGCCGUCUUAACUCCCGCACCACCCACUGCUGCCCCUCCCAGGUGUGCAGAGGACUGGAAUCGAAUUGGAUUAAGAAACUAUUGCUAUAAGUUGUUUAGAACCCCAAGGAUGACUUGGUUUGAGGCCAGAGAUUACUGCCGGGCCAUCGGAGGAGACCUGCUCAGCAUCCACAGCGCUGACGAGCAACAGGCACUACCCCCCCGCUCCGCUGUAGCCUGGAUUGGGCUGAGCGCCCCCGACUCCGUCACCGGUUACGUGUGGAGCGAUGGGUCCCCUCUGCAGUUCCAACACUGGGAAGAUGGCGAGCCAAACAAUAAAAACAACGUGGAAUCUUGCGCUUCAGUGAAUACGGAUAAGCGGAGCGAAAGUGGGUCUUGGAACGACCUGCACUGUGAGACGUACCUUGAUUGGCUGUGCCAGAUACCUGCAGGAGUCACUCCAGAUCCGCCUCCAGACCCAGUUACUCCUGACUACAACAAGACAGGUGACGGGUGGCUCGAGUGGAAUGGGGCUCAGUAUUUUUUAUACAGAAACCCGAUGGCCAUGGAAGACGCUCGUAGCUUUUGCCAACAGAAGCACGCAGAUUUGGUCACCAUCGACAGUGAAGCCGAAAGUGUCUUUUUGUGGAAACAGAUGCAGUUAUAUGGCUCAUCCUCUUACUGGAUCGGAUUGAACGUGGAUCUUGAUAAAACAUACAGUUGGAUGGACAGUUCUUCGGUGGUGUUUCAAAGGUGGGAUGAAGAUCAACCUCUUUUCAAACGCAAUGAUGAGAAUUGUGCUGUCAUAACCCGCAGUAUGGGCUUCUGGCACGUUUAUAAUUGUGGAGAUGAGCACAUGUUCAUUUGCAAACGCAGUGCCACGCCAUCCGCCAACGCCACUGUUGCACCAACAGUUCCCCCAAAAGGUGGCUGUCCACAAAACUGGAAACAGUAUGAAUCAAAGUGUUACAUCAUCGUUAACGACCAAAAGGAGACGUGGCAUGGAGCAAAGGCACAAUGCCAAGAAAUCGGAGGAAAUCUGGCUUCAAUCAUGUCGAGACAAGUGCAAGUGUUUCUGACUGCUCAAUUGGCUGAGGCCCCUGCAACGAACCUCUGGAUCGGUAUGUACAAUGUACGUGGCGGUUCAUUUCUCUGGACGGACGGCCGACCAAAACGAUACUACAAUUGGGGAUCUACUCUGCAGCGCCCCCAGAACAUCCAUAGAGUUUUCAGCCAUAUGCCUCCUCAUUUCUAUCAUCACUCGGAUGUUUUCAUGCGCUAUCAUUCACUAUUGCGCGCUGAGCAAGAAUGUGCUGUAAUGACCACGGAUCACACCAUUGGUAUUGGGAAAUGGAUAAAAAAGUCCUGCAAUGACACCAACGGAUACGUCUGUCUACGAAACGUUGAUCCUUCUCUCCCAGACUCCUCUCAACCAACACCCGUGGACUAUGUCAACGUUUUUAAUGACUCUUUCAAGCUUGUUCCACAAAAAAUGACCUGGGAUGCUGCCAAAAAGAACUGUGAAAGGGACGGUGCCCAACUGGCCGGCCCGCGCAACCAGUGGUCACAGAACUUUGUUGAGCUUCUGGCUUUGCAGGUCAAAGGUGCCGUGUGGAUUGGAUUGAACAAAUUGGAGACUGGCGGAUAUUUCCGAUUCAUUGGAGGCUGGCGCAUCACCGCAACCUAUUGGGGAAGAAUGGAACCAAGUCCACACCUCCCUUGUGUGUACAUGGCUGAAGACGGAAAAUGGAACACUGGCUCCUGCAACAGGUCCGAGUCCAGUAUCUGCAUGAAGACUAAAGACGUGGCACCAACAGAGUCAAGUGAUUUUCCGGGAUAUUGCCCCGACAACCUAGAAGGACCAAGUUAUUCACAGAGGACUGGAGGCUGGCUUCCAUUUAAGGGUUAUUGUUACCUCACUCGUACAGAGGAAAUUGAGUGGCCGGAUGCAUCUGCUAGCUGUAUAAAACAAGGUGGAAAUCUUGCCAGCAUUGAAGAUCCUUCUGAGCAAGAAUUUAUUCAAAACACUAUUAAACAAUUUAAAGAUAGCCAUACCUCGUUCUGGAUCGGCCUGUACAAAACCCACGCAGGCAUUUGGCGCUGGUUGGAUAGAGCUGCCAUGGACUACACCAACUGGAGCCAAGGACCGAACACGAGAAACAGUUACGGAUCGAUUCUAGCUUCAGAUGGCGGAUGGACGACCGGGUCCGGCUACCACGACAGAGGAUACAUUUGCAAAACAACGAAAACACUGCGACAGGCGCCACAGACAACGGCGAACCCUACGGUGCCUCCUAAAAGCCGCAGGCGCAACAUUUUGGCCGCGGCGCUGGUCCUCGCUGGGAUCGCCGCAGGAACAGUCGUCGCCUUGGUCCUCUUCAAGAAGUCCGGGCGCCGCUUAGCGAUCCCUGAAAGGCUGUCCACCUUUGACAACCCGCUCUUCUUCAACAACGAGCGGGUCGGGGAUGAUUCGGUGGACACCAGUAAACUGGUGGCCGACGCCGAGGAGGAGAACCCCCCCGGGCCGGGUCUGGUGGGAACGCCGACGCAUUCUGUUUGAUGGGAUUCAGUGACGCUUUACUUAAAUAACUCAUGUUUGUAUUCAAUUUUUAGUCCGCAGCUUCUCGGACAAAAUGAUUUUGCUUUUAUAUCCUUUUUUACAUUUAUCUGCUGGUUGCUAAUAGUCCCUCAAAAACAUUGAACCUUGAUUAAACUAUUUCAUGUAUUCAUCAUCAUGUUUAACUUACCAAGAGGCUUCUAUGGUGAUGUUAUUGAUUAGACACCGUUAAUGCAGUUUGGUCUCCUCAUCCCUAAGAUGAGGAUGUUUCUAAAUGAAGACCAUGAGUAUACUUACAUUACAUUAUGAGUAUACUUGUUCUGUAUAUUGGGCCAAUUAUGUGGCUGCUGCAAACGCAUCUGAGUGGCAAGUAGGAUAAACAAAAGGUUUUGGCUAUAAGAAAUAAUUUAGCAGCUACAAGAGCGAGAAAAACCCUUUAACGUCUUGGUCGAUGUAUUUUAACAUCAUUGAGUAUGCCUAUGAAUUUAGUCAAAUAUUACAUGCCAAUUUCAAAUUAGUGCAAAAUGUUGAAAAUGUGAUCAAUAAAAUGAAUAAUGAUCUCUUAUACUGGAUUAAGACUUAUGGGGGAAUGGGGGGGGGGGUUAGAAGUAGCUAACAUGAGGUAAUUCAAAAAGCCGCACAGCAAAUUUUUCUGAACAAACUGUUGACGCCUCGUUAUAAAAUUGAAAUGAACACACUCCUUGUUUUACAUUUUAAUGAUUUUAGAAUGCAUAUUUGUCAAAACGAAACUCCUGAAAGCUGUACAAAACACAAAUAACCAGAAGAAACUCAUUUUGAACGGACCGGAGUCGUCUCAGUCUUUGGUAAACUCCGAGCCAACAUGAACAGUAGGUCAGUAGGUCAAAUCGCCCACUUAACAAGGCAAUCAUGAAUAUGUACAAAUGCAUAGAGAUUCAAGCAACAUAUUUCCUCACAAGAAGAUGCAUAGAGUAUCCAGCACAUAGCCAGGGUCACCAAAAGAUUUCCCAACGCUUCCAGACAGAGCAAAUGCAAAUCAACAGAUAUGCUCCAACACCAUUUAGAAAAGUAGGAAGCAACAUAUGACUUCCCUUCAGAACUGUGUAGAAAAAUAGUUUGACUCUUCUUUCGAAUGUUUGAAAUAACUUGUUGGCCUUUGAAGAUUUAAACUGAUUGCAACACGUGGGGGCCGUGUCAGAUCCUCUC